UGUUUUAGCUCUCUGGUUGGUGUAUUAUCUUAUAUGAACCUGUCUGAUAGGCUUAUCGUUCCUGAUUUGAAAUAAAGGUCAGGAGCAGCCAAGUCCCUCCUCUCACAGGAAGAAACCUGCACAAAACUUCCUGCAGCUUUCCUCAACAAUCUUCCUGCUUCUGAAACCCAAACAGCAAGCAUGUCGACUCUCCUCCGCAGACUGGCAGGGCCCAGGUGUUUACCGAGACGGUGUUUAGGAGUGAUUCUGCGGGAAAGGCACAGCCGAACUUCCCAUCUGAUCCCCCGGGAAGGAUCGAGACUGCUGCCCGGAGGCGGUCGCCCUCUGACGGCGUGCAGUUGCGCUCACAGCCGCGGGCAGCACACGGAGGCGGUAGACCCAGUGGAGGUGGAUUUAAAGCGGUUAGAGGGGGAAGACGAUGGGAUAGUGGAGGUGCUGAUGUGCCGACACAAAGCAAGAAAUGCCUUGGGUCAUGUGUUUGUGUCACAGAUGAGGCAGCUGGUGUCCACUCUGUCCAAUGACUCAGCAGUUCAUGUGGUCAUCUUCAGGAGUUUAGUGCCAGGUGUUUUCUGUGCAGGUGCAGACCUGAAAGAAAGAGCUCUGAUGAACAACGCUGAGUCGGAUCUGUUUGUUCACGGCCUGCGAUCCCUCAUGACUCAAAUCGCGUCGCUACCCAUGCCGACCAUUGCAGCGAUGGACGGCGUUGCCUUGGGAGGCGGGCUGGAGUUGGCAUUGGCCUGUGACCUUCGCACUGCUGCCUUUUCUGCACAGAUGGGUCUGAUCGAGACGACACGAGGGCUGCUCCCAGGGGCGGGGGGCAGUCAGCGGCUGCCGCGGAUGGUCGGCAUCACUCUGGCCAAAGAGCUCAUCUUCACAGGUAAGCGUGUGGGAGGGCAGACGGCUCUGGAGAUGGGGCUCGUAAACAGAGCUGUAGAACAGAACCAGACAGGAGACGCUGCCCACAGAGAGGCGCUCAGCCUGGCCAGAGAGAUACGGCCCCAGGCUCCUAUUGCUGUGCGGAUGGCAAAAGAGGCAAUGAACAGAGGCGUUGAGGUUGACAUGACAACAGCAAUGGCGAUAGAGAGGAUGUGUUAUGCUCGGGUCAUCCCGACACGGGACAGACAGGAGGGAAUGGCCGCCUUCAUAGAGAAGAGACCCCCGCGGUACACUGGGGAAUAAACUCUGUUGAGCUAUCGAAUUUCUCUCUCACACAGACGCAUGCCACUCUCCAUAACCUCAUGUCUGAUCGACAAUUAACACCCAUUGAUUGUGUGAGUGCAUCCCAGCUGUUGUCAAUACAUUAGUUAAGGUCAGCGUCAAUAAUGACUGUUGCUUUGGAUGAGACUGGUGAAGGGAGAUUUUCAUUUGUUCAAAACUAUGACAGUAAAAAGUUGUUUUUUCCACUGUUAAUUCAAAGAUUCCACAUUUUUAAAUCUCAUUUUUGGAAUAAAAAGACGACAAGGUUUUUCUCCAGUUUACGGGAAUGUACAUUCUUUAUUUCCAAACUUGAAAAUGUGACUCUCUGCAGCAACAUGGCACAGUCAUAGCAGACAUACAGCAGCUCGACUUUUUGUUUCCUCCAUCUGAAUUGUGAAAAAUUAAACUGGCCGUUGUCCAGGGAGAUGUUCAGAGGCUCGACUAAACAAUCCAACACACAAGGAGCAAAGACUCAAACAGAUCCUGUAAUCCGCUGCUCUUUGCUCUCGCUGACACUGAUGAGAUCAGCUCAGCACACAUGCAUGAUUAGCAAGCUUAUACGACAGCUGAUUUACAGAAAACGAUAAGGCCAUAAUUCACUGAGCAGAUGAGAUGAUGGAUGCUUUGCUUGUUUUAGAGUUCCAUUUAUUAUUUAUUGUUGUCUUUACUUCCAUUAACAUCAGAGUUAUCUGACUUGUCAUUGUGAUUCCCGCUGAAGCAGAAAUCCACUUUGCCUCAAAAAUGUUGUAUCAGGUUUGACAGCAGUUCCUAUAAGCAAAAUUUGUUCUGACUGAAUAGAGAAUGAUGGUGAGGCUUUCAUUAGAAUCAAGACCUAAGAUGAUAAAGGAGAAUGUGGACGUCAAGGUCAGCUGUUUCUGCAGAGGUGUACCUGGGAAAUGGUCACCUGGUCCCAAUCAACCCCCCCAGGAGCAUCACUGGGCUCUGAAGCCAACUCGGCAUAGUGGCCUAAUGUGAAAUUACAACAUCUGGGCCCAAAAAAAGACAUUUUUUUCCCCAUAGGCUUACAUUGUGAUCGAAAUGUCUAUAAAUUAGUGGAUACACUUUUUUUUAACGCCACAACCCCUAAUGAUUAAAUCAUUUUUAUCUCCAAUUCAAGUUAGCGGAGAGCUAAACCACGAGUGAGUUGCUCGGCUGUCGUUUAUCUCUAGUGCGCUUGCUCUGUGGCAGUGGUUCUCAACUCCUGGGUCGCAGUCCAAAAGUGGGUCCAUUUUGAACAGACUGCAAGUGACUUGUAAAAGAAAAACAACCCAAAACUUUAUUUUGAAGUACAAUGAAUUUCAAGCAUGGAGCUUUUAUUUUGAUGUGCCAUUUCUAUUUAUUCUUGCAAUAUUUUAUUUCAAUAUAUUCUAAGCCAACAUUUUGUGUAAUAAAACUGAAUGUGGUCAUUUAUAAUGUGUGGACCUUGACCUAAUGACUAAGGAGAAAGGCCCCACCUUCAACACUGUAUCCAAUUCUCCUUUAUACAUCCAUGAUCCUGACACUAAUGUCACAUGACCAGUCAAUUUAGUGCAGAAAUAUUGAAUAUUUCCCAUAACAACCUCACUAUCUUCAUGUAAACAGUGUUUCCUCUCUAUUUACUUUGUUCUCAAUCAUAAUUCUCAAAUAAACAAAUAAUGGAACAUACUGUAUAAUAAUUUCCAUGCAAACAAUUCAACCAGUCCUGCACAAACAGAUCCUAUUUCUCUCUCAUUUUCUAUUCUGUACAAAUUACAUACAGACUUAAAGAUGCAGCUACUUGUACAGACGUACAUACACUCAUGCUCACACUGCAGCGCAGUCUCUGUCUUUAAGCACAGCGAACAUAUCAAUAUAUACACAAGUUUCUCAAAGAGAAAACGGCUGUGACUCAAUACACAUGUACACAUGUCAUGAUUAUACUGACCACUUCAUUGCCAUUUGUGUCAGGAGACACUUACAAUUUACCAGGCAUAAUUGAUUUCAGCUUAUUUGCUCUAAUCUGGAUCUUCCAAUUCAUAGAACUGCUGGUUUUGCCGCUGAUACGACACAUUUAGGGCUGCCAAACGUAAAAAAAAAAAAAAAAAUUGAACUGAAACUUCUCAAAGAGAUACAACUUCUCUAUAAUUUAGGUUUUCAUCUUUAAUGUUUGGAACAUUUGAAGCCACUGAACACACCCUAGGCAAGUGUCCUGUCACAUCAAAUCAAAAGGCAUUAGCUGAUAAAAGACUAAAUAAAGAGGAGAGCAACAGCAGUAUUGAGGAGCCAGAGGCGUGGGUUUCAGUGAAGCUACAAAACAAACAAGCAGGCAUUCCUAAAAUGAACAUUACGAGCGUUCAGACAAACUCCAGCAUGCUUGAGCUCACA